CACAGAGAGAGAAAAGAGAAGAAACGUGUGAGUGAGAUAGAAAAAGUUGAAAAGAGGAUGAAGAGUGAGAGGUUGAAUAAAGGAGAGAAACCAGAGAUGGUGAGUAACAGAGCUUUUGGUCAGCUCAUGGAAGAAGGAUACAAUCCUGCAUUUUUCAAGAUUCUUCGAAGAGAAGACUCUUCCUCUGAAAUCAUGAGAAUGAUUCCUCAUCACCUGAUAAGAAGCAUUUCAGACAAGUCUUCGUCGUUCAAGAUGGUCUUAAAAGUGCCAUGGGGAAACUCAUGGUCAGUCAAAAUCUCCAAGAACCCUGUUUUUUACUACAUGGAAGAUCGCGGAUGGAACCAGUUUGUGAAUGACAACGGUCUGGGUGAAAAUGAGUAUCUUACCUUCACUCAUGAGGCAAAUAUGUGCUUUAACGUAAGCAUCUUCGAGGCAAAUGGUACGGAGAUGCUUAGACCAAGAAAAUCUUCACCUGUUGCUUCUAGUUCCGGUGGGAACAAGAGAGAAGAGAGGAGGAGCAUCUACAUAGAUGUGAAGAAGGAAGAAGGGACAGAGUCUUGUUCUGAAUCGAGGUAUCCUGAUCUCAAAACAGCUGAGUCUACAAGUGGGAGAUCGAAGCAGAAACAGAAGUUUAACUUGAGACAAAAGGAAGCUGAGGAAACCAAAAAAUCUAAGAAGAGUAAGAACAGGAAGGUGAAUACUGUUUGCAAUGACUUUGAAGCCGGCACCUCAUCUCUUGUUCCAGAAUUCAAGCUCACCAUAAAGAAAUCACACCUCCUGUUCUUGGGGAUCCCGAAGAAGUUUGUGGACAUGCAUAUGCCAAAUGAGGCAAAGAUGUUUAAGAUUCGUCAUCCGAGAGGAAAGAAAUCAUGGGAGGUUUCGUAUGUGGUCACUGAUGUGCAGUCAAGAUUCUCUGCUGGAUGGAGUCGUUUGGCCAAAGAAUUAGGCUUAGAGGUCGGAGAUGUUUGCACAUUCAAGCUCAUUAAACCAACUGAGAUGCAUGUCAAAGUUUCCAAAGAAUAGAAUCCAUGAUGACUGAUGAUGAUGAUGUGUGAGGUGUGUAGUUGGGGAAUGAGUGAAGAACUUGUGUUUGGAGCAACAUUAUGGUCUGUCGUUUAAUGUCAAGACUGAUUUUAAUUGUGUUCUAUCUACUUGCUGCUUAGGUGUGAUUUUGUAUUCAUUGAUGAAUCUGGACUCAGUUUGACUAAACAGAUUCAUACAUUUUAUUGAAGAUUAUUGUUGUAAUGUUUACAUGAAGAAUGCGUAUCUAUCUC